UACAUUAUGUCAGCGUUUAAGGUGCCUCUCCACAUUACAACAUGGGUUAACGUUACACACCGCUGAAUUGGAACGUCAGUCAACAAAUGAACUAUCAACAUUUAACACAAAUAACGCUCAAUAACGUCGCUAGCUGAAUUAAGCUGAACAUAAAUGUGUUUUUACUACUAUUAAUGUUGAUUUUUGUGACAUUAGCCAUGAAGACAAUCGUCUCAGAGCAACAACGCCAUCAUCAUGAGCUCAACGGGCCUGAGGCGCUGGAACAGCCAAAAGUAAAAUUCAGCAUGAUCACAGACUCUGGUCCAAGGAAUAAUAUGCCAGAUUUACCACUGAUGUGGGACUCCCUGGAGUCAGAUACUGAAAGUUUGGUGCAGGAGAAGGAGUACCAGCGAGAACUUCAGAUGCGCAUUGACCUCCUCUCUGCUGACAACUCCAAACAACAUUGUGCUCAGACUGACAGUGAGGAAGAGCAUCUUGAUGUUUAUGAUAGUCUGGAUCUGAAACAAAGACAGGUGAAGGGACCACAUGAGCCACAGAGACAAACUCCCCCUGAAGAUGAAUACGCAUACUUGCGCUACGACCCAAACUGGUGGAAGAAUCAGGAAGGGGGUCAGUUUCUCAACCAGCUAAAUGGGAGACUUUCUCUCGACUCGUUUGAGGAGUCUGAAGAUAGUCUUGAACCUUUAGAGAGCACGGCUCUAGGUAGCAGACAAGAUUAUGUCAUUGUCAGUAAUCCACCUACAGUUCAGAUGGAAAAUGCUUCAUCCCAGCCACCUUCAUCUCCUUUCCACCUGCACCCACAACAGGAAGACCCCCCCGAAUCAAAAAGUUCUUGCUUGUCCUCUGAAGGCACGCCACGGGAUGAUGGAGAGCACCUGAAUGUCAAAUCAGUUUCUCCCCAGAAGAGAAGCUCUCGAUAUAUUUCUGAUCCAAGGCCAAUUAGAGCUAAGGAAGACAUUGUGGAGCGUAACAAAGCAACUCUUGGUAUCAACACACACAAGCAGGGGUCUUACCUGAAGGCUCAUCAGCAGAUGGAAAAACCAGAUGAAACAAAGCAACCCAGGAAAACCUCUUACGAGACUAUCAGCACUCGUAGCCCGGAGAGUCUAGACAAUGUCCGGGAUCCCGAGCUGAUGUGGCUCCAAAAAACACAAAAACUGAAGCAGAGCCAUAAAGAGAGGAAGGAACCGAAGAAGAGGGGGCGAACCAACAGCCACCCAGUUCAGCUCAAGCCUCCGGUUCCUGAAUCCAAACCCAGAGCACACCUUAAACACCUUACAGAAAGACACAUCAUCAGCGUCGAUCACCUAUCGCAGGACUCUGAGGAAACUCCAGUGGCCUACAUCCAUGACCCACCACAAUCUGGACUUCCAUCUCACACUCAUGCUCCACCAACCGUCAACCUUAACAUAAACCUCCACACACCUGCCAAUCAAGCACAACCACUGAAUCUUUCUCAGAAAGAGACCAUUUUAACUCUUGUUUCUCAAGCACUGCAAUGGGACAGGCCUGAUUUGUUUAACCCACCCUUUUUACAACCAGGUUAUCACCCCUCUUUGCUUCCUAAUUCAGAAGGGCAGAUGGGAUUGGCUCCAAAAGCAGUUGUAUCAUCCCCAGCCCCCUACUCUGGAGUGGUACACGCUGUGGACAGAAGUGUUCCUCAGAGGCAUGCGGGGAAACCUCUUCCCAAUGCGUUUGAAAAUUCAUCAUUCAAGAAUCACAACAGACUCAGGAUACCAAUGCUAAAAUUGCCCACAUCUCCUCAAGUGGAGGCCAGCCACUAUCCACCUGAGCUUUGGCCUAAUGAUGAGGAAAGCUUGGGACCCUUUGUGCCUCCAACACAGAUCUCUGCUCCUUACACGGUGCUGCCCCCUAUAGGCCGAGCUAAUGGCAGCGACACAGAGCUCUGCUCGGAUAGAUCAGAGCAGCAGCUGAAUUCAAUCCACAGAAGCAGCUCAGAAGGUUACCUCUCACAAAUGGAAAAACACAAUCAGCUGAAGGCUAAAACAAAUUAUAAGGCUUAUACGCUGAAGGACUACAAAAGCAUGCAACAAGAGGUGAAGCUUGGAGGUCUUGGACCAACAAACACAAUACCAGAAGCUGUGGCAGAGAAAAUUAGACGACAGAAGCUGUAUUCAAAUGUGAUCCGCGAACAGAACAAGAAGAUAAGUAGGAUUCCCUCUCUGUCGGCCAAGGACCCAGUGGGCAGUGAUGACAAGGACAUCGUUCCCAGGAGGAAGGCUUUAGAAUAUGCCAAAACUAUUGCAAAGCCCAAACCCCCUCCAAAGUCAAAGGACAGACCCAGAGAGCAGCCCCAAUAUCUGCAGGAAACGGACCCGAUCCAUCUGGCCACUCUGGAGAUGUUGAGACGGCACGAGGAUGAGAAACGUGCCGUGGCUCGCUUCAGAACCAUUCAUGCCGUUUAACCAAAAGCCUUUAUUUACUAAGAAGCAACACGCAUACAUGAGUUCUGUUAAUUGCACUUCUAUAUAAUCCUUAUUUUUCCUUGCUUUAACUUUGUGUGUUGUAUAUAUACCUGAUACUUCUUGUAAUCCUGCUCAUUUGCAAAGCACUGAAAGCGGAACAGGUGUGUAGCACAUACUGAUUCCAAAAACAAUUUUUUUUUCGAUAUAAAGAAAUCUGGAGUGACAUGCUGUGGGGUUUUGUUGCUUGGCUUUGCAUUAUCCUGCUAUUUUCCCCUUGUUUCAAUAGGUCUGUGCACAAGAGCACCAAUCUCUUCAAGCACACCUGGAUGCACCAUUAACCCAGUGUAACGUGCCGUUUUCUGUCAGUUCCCGGCUAUUAGUCUGAUUAUAUCCACUUUCGCCUGCCCUUUUCUUUCACCGAGAGAAAAAAAUAGGUCAAAUAAGGAUGACACUUUGAAGCCUCCCUUAUUAGAGCCCACAAACUUGUUUUCUGUAUUUUAAAGUGAUAAUUUUCCCCCUAAAACAAGCUCAAGCACCUAUUUCUUUAAUGGAAGCUUUAGAUCGUUAUCAAAGAGCUAUUUACUCCUAUGUAAUAUUUUAAUUAGAUUAUAGCCUCUAUUUAACCCAUCAUGUCUGCUUUGAUACUCUGUGUUUUCAGUGUUAAGCCUCAGAGGCGAGGCUAAUAAAUGCUGGACCUUUUGAAUUAAUGAGAAA